UCUUGAUCCAUCGCGACCUUACCCAAACCUGACAUCCCCAACUGCCAACGCGUUACUCGAUUCGGCGUGCCCUCAUCCUCGCAAACAUCAUACCUCUUUGGGUAUCACUGUUCACUGAAUCAACCACGAACAUCCAUCUUCGACCUUUUAUUUUUAAUUCCACCCACAUUUUCUUCAAUUAUGACUGACAUCACCGCUGUCGCCGAUGAGAACCCUUCUCCAACCCAGGAAGACCUCGUUCCGGGUGGCAACGGAGCUGUCGAAAAUCGAGGCACCAAGCGUCCCCGUCUUAGUACCGCUGAGGACGACGACGACGAUGAGGACAAGCCGGGACGUGAGCGUCGCAAGAUCGAAAUCAAAUUCAUCCAGGACAAGUCCCGUCGCCACAUCACGUUCUCAAAGCGAAAGGCUGGAAUCAUGAAGAAGGCAUAUGAAUUGUCGGUCCUCACCGGUACCCAAGUACUCCUACUAGUAGUCUCCGAGACUGGCCUUGUAUACACCUUCACAACUCCCAAACUACAGCCUCUCGUCACCAAGGCGGAGGGGAAGAACCUAAUUCAAUCCUGUUUGAAUGCUCCGGAGCCUACCAGCGCCGAAAAUGGCGUUGAGGCGCCCGAAGUUCCCUCAGAGACGACCGACGAUGUUUCCCACGCUAGUGUCAGCGCUCAGCAGGCGCAAAUCCCGCGGCCUGGCCCCAUGCAUCCAGGCUAUAUGACCGCCGACCAGCAGCAACAGAUGGCCUACUAUCAAAAUCUCCAACAACAACAGCAACAAGCACAGGCUGGAGGUCAGUAUCCGGGGAUGCCAGUUGGUGGUCGUAUACCUCCGCAGCACCAACCCACAGCUUAAUGUGUUUCUUUACGCUAUCCCCCUCACUGCUGUUUCUAUCAUCUGGCCAUUGAAUACUUGACCCAUAUGUUUAUGUUCAUCCCCUUACUCAAUCCUGCCCCCUUUUAGCACACUUCCAUGAACACUCUCCUUCAUCAUCGUCUCCCAACACUAUCGAGAUCUUUUUUAAAAACCCCCAUCCCCUCCCGAAUAGGCCAAUUCUGUUUUGGAUCGCAUUUACCUGUCCUUAUGCCCAAUUCCUAUACACUAUUUGUUUGAACCCUUUUGCAUUUGUUCGUGGCUUUUGUGUUUCUUGUCUAGCUUUCCGCCCUACCACCACUGGCACUAACUGGCCUCGCAGAAUACUGAAGGACAAAAGACACAAAUCACUCUAGCCUGUUCCGAGUAUUUUACCUCUGGUUUCCUUUUGCGGGUGUUUAGACCUCCAGAGACUUGGGUGUUACUGGUGUAUUCGUGGUGGGAAUUCUGUUUUCAUUUGCUUUUGCAAUAUGUGGUACACUUGCGUCAUAAUUAUAUUUCGCAUCUUAUUUCCUCGGGUACUUCGCUCGAUGCUGCGGUUUUGCACUAGUUACCCCUAAAUAUUUUAUGACCACCUCUGCUCCCGGCUGUCUUCAAUGAUCUCGGUUGAGCUGGGUAAAUCUUGCCUUGAUAUUCAUCCUGCACUGGUAAGCAAUCCACGUGGGAUUCCCUUCCAAAUCCGUUUUUCCCCUUUUAUGAUAUCUGUGUUUUACCCAUGGAAAAUGGGGAAAUAUUUUUCUGCGACGACAUGGGGGUGGAGUUAUGCAUCUCAGUUUUGUUUCUUUCUGCUAUUCUGUUGUAUCAUGUGUUCUAUAGGGCUUUAUCUUCCUACCUGUUAGCUUUCUAUGCUUCAACAUUGCCUUCCGAUGAUGGCUUGCAGAAUGUCAUAGGGAUUCUGUUCAAAAACUCUUUUUUACUCUCCC